CCCUGACAUCGCCCCGGACUACAGUCCUUUCGGCGACAGACAACGUUUGUUCCAGCGAUUGCAGUCUUACACAUGAGGGACACAGAACUGCUGUCCUCCGACGAGCGAAUAUAUCAACAUAAGUAUUUCGGUAGAAUUUCUCCAGGAGAAGAAGAAAGAAGGAUGAGUUCCGCAUGCUUGGUUCUCAAGCAACCGUCAUUCGGCGCAGCACCGUGGUCGCGUCCGCUUACUGUGAGCAGUAGCUCGGACACAAACGGCAGCCAGACAUCACUGUGGAGACCGUGGUUAUCCAGCAGCAGGGAUAGACCAGAACGAUGCCCACACAGCAAGCUGUCAUGUCCUUACUCCAGACCCACAGUGCCAGACUGCUUCUCGUCAGAUGGGAAACCUCAGGCCUUCCAGCACCCUGUCAGGCUGUUCUGGCCCAAAUCUAAGUCAUUCGACUAUCUGUACAGCGAUGGAGAGGCCUUACUGAGGAACUUCCCUAUCCAGGCAACCAUCAGCUUUUAUGAGGAGUCUGACAGUGAGGAUGAGGAUGAGGAGGAUUGGGAAGAGGAUGGCAGCUCUGAGGAGUGCCUCAAACAUAAGUCUCAUUUCACCUCCUACAACUGAAUGACAGCAAGCCUUCCUAUGAAAUGUCUGUAGAAACUGCCCUCUGCUUUUCACCCACGAUGACUUUAAUAUUUAUUGGACUUUGUAAUUUAUACAAAUUUUCAUUGAUUUUAAACAGCAUUUCAGAGGGUGUGCAAGACAUUUUACAGAUUAGAAUAAACGUGGUGGGUGGCAAACAGGCGAAUAAAUAACAGAAGUCAUUAGAA